AUGUGUGAAAAAUAUUUUAUAUCAAAGGAGUUGUUGAAACAACACAUCCUUACACAUAUUGAAGAAAGACCAUAUAGCUGUGAUGUGUGUACAAAAACACAUUUCCAUACACACACUGGUGAAAAGCAAUUUACAUGUGACACAUGUAAAAAAAGUUUUAGAACACUUGAUAUACUAAAAUCCCAUUUGUUUGUACACACUGAUGAAAGACCGUAUAGCUGUGAUGUGUGUAAAAAAAGUUAUAAAACAAGGCAGUCCUUAAAACAGCACUUGCAUACACACACUGAUGAAAAAAAAUAUCGAUGUGUCAUAUGUAAAAGAAGUUUUAGAACAGUUCAACUAUUAAAACACCAUUUGUUUAUACAUACUGACAAAAGGCCAUAUAGUUGUGAUGUGUGUAAAAAAAGUUUUAAGACAAAUCACGCCUUGAAACACCAUUCACAUACACACACUGGUGAAAAGCAAUAUGGAUGUGACACAUGUAAAAAAAGUUUUAGAACAGCUAGAAUGUUAAAAUGCCAUUUGAAUACACAUACUGAUGGGCAGCCAUAUAGCUGUGAUGUGUGUAAAAAAAGUUUUAAAACCAAACUGUAUGUGAAACGCCAUUUGCGUAUACACACUGAUGAAAAGAAAUAUACAUGUGUCAAGUGUAAAAAAAGUUUUAGAUCAGUUCAUCUAUUAAAAUGCCAUAUGUCUAAGCACACUAAUGAAAACACAUAUCGCUGUGAUGUGUGUAAAAAAAUUUUUACAACAAAGCAGUCCUUGAAACAGCACUUGCAUACACACUGA